ACUAAAAACUGUAAACUGACCGCUUAGGAACUGCUCUGGUGUCCUUAAAAAAUUUACAAAGUAAGAAGACAAAGAGAACGAGAGAGUGUCCGAGAAGAAUCGCCAAUGGUGGCACAUUUUUGAGAGUUUGGAGUAGAAGGUGGUCUGUGCUUGGAAGUCUUGAGUAAUUUUGAUCUGGGUUUUAAUGAGUGUUUUCUCCCGUACAAGAAAAUGCUCAUUUCAGUCUAAUUUGUAUAGAAGCCUCGUUAUUUUCCGUGGAAAUUGCCGUUUUCGAGUGAUCUCUACGGCUUCUUCGACUUUGUUGUUGGAAGACCAUGUGUUUGAUUAUAGUCCUGAUAGGGUUGAGGCUUAUGUAGUUGAUACUAAUUUGAUUGAUGAGAUUAAUGUUCAGCAAAGGAGAUUUCGUAGACGAAAAAAGAGCAAAUUAUUUCCCUUAGUUGGGAGAGUUUUGAAGUCUUUGAAUUGGGAGAUUACAAGGGAAAUGAGAUUCUUCAAAGCUGUCCAGAGAUAUGGAUUUUCUCAUUCCUUUGAUGCAUAUAGAAUCAUUGUUCAUGCAUUUGCAUUGGCAGGGAUGGAAAUGGAAGUGCACGCCUUGCUUAGAAAUAUUGUUUGUUAUUAUGAGGAGGCUAACAUGGAUAUGUAUGAGUUGUUUCCAAGUAUAUUGGAUUCACAUGAGCAUGUUUGGAGAUCACGCAUUGUAGUUGUUGUGCUUAUGAGGGUUUUUGCAUCUAAUUCAAUGCUUGAAAAUGCUGUGGAUGUUUUUGUUCAAAUUAAGAAAAUUGGGCUUCAACCAGAUAUCUUGGCAUGCAAUUUUUUGCUCAAGUGUUUGGUGGAAGCAAGUAGGGUAGAUUUUGUGAGAAGUUUGUUUGAAGGGUUGAAGAACUCAGGGCCAUCACCUAAUGUUUACACAUACACAAUUAUGUUGAAUUUUUAUUGUAAAGGAUGUCUUGGGCAGGAUAUCAAUAUUGAACAAGCAACUGAGAUCCUAAAAGAUAUGGAGAGGAGUGGGGAAAGGCCAACUGUUGUAUCAUAUAGUACAUAUAUUCAUGGACUUUGUAGAGUAGGUUGUGUUGAACUUGCGUUGAGAUUUAUUCAGGAUUUGAAAUGUAGAAAUCAACCUCUUAAUGCUUAUUGUUAUAAUGCAAUUAUUCAUAGGUUCUGCCAAAAAGGUGAACCAUAUGAAGGUUUGAAGGUUUUGGAAGAAAUGAAGAACCAGAAUAUAUCACCAGAUGUUUAUAGCUACAGCAUUUUAGUUGAUGGGUUUUGUAAUAUAGGAGAUAUUGUGACAGGUCUCAAUUUGAUCAAGGAGAUGGAACACAAUAAUAUAAAACCUUCACUGGUUAGCUAUAGCUCUCUCCUUAAAGGUCUCUGUAAGAGUGGAAUAAUGGACAAAUCACUUGAUAUGUUCCGUGAUCUUGGUUGUUUAGGAUAUGAAUAUGAUUGUAAAGUGUACAACAUCCUAAUCAAUGGUUUUUGUCUUCAGGGUGAUAUGGAUUCUGCCAAGAAACUUUUAGAGGAGAUGACCACCAAUAAUUUGGAUCCUAGUGAAUUCAGAUUUAUCCCAAUUAUUCACAGGUUGUGCAAACUGGGAGUCUUAGAAAAAGCCUUGGAGCUUUUAAGUAUGAUGCUGCAGAUUGGCCUCUCACCAAAUACCUAUACCUGCAACAUUAUUGCUGAUGAAUAUUGCAAAAAAGGGCAUUUGGAGAAAACAUUGAAAUUUAUAAAUGCAAUGCAAGGCUAUGGCUUUAUUCCUAAUUCGUAUACAUAUAGCACAAUCAUAAAUAGGCUUUGCAAGGACAAAAAACCAGAAAAAGCAUGGGAACUUCUUCCUCAAAUGUUUAAGAAGAAUAUUCUUCCUGGAAUUUUACAUUAUGCUACCAUUGUAGAUGGAUAUGCUAAAAAGUUGAACCCGAAGACGGCUUUGAGGUUGUACUCAAGAAUGCUAAAAGCUGGGAUCAUGCCUGACACAGUCACAUAUACAAUUCUUAUCAACAUAUUCUGCCAUUUGAGCAAAAUGGAUGAAGCAUAUGGUUUCUUUAAGGAAAUGAUUGAAAAAGGUUUGAUUCCAGAUACAAUUUGUUGCACAUCCCUUAUUGCUGGGUUUUGUAGAAUUGGAGAUAUGAACAAGGCUUGGGCACUAUAUAAUGAUAUGUUACACAAAGGUUGUUUGCCUAAUGUUGUUACCUAUACCUGCCUAAUUGAUGGUUUUUGCAAGUUACAACGAAUGGAUAUGGCAAGUUUGUUAUUACAUGAAAUGAACAAGAACAAUAUCACUUCUGAUGUGGUGACUUAUAAUGUUCUCAUUGCUGGGUACCAAAGACUUGGGCAGAUUAAGGAAGCCUAUAAUGUGUUUGAAGAGAUGAAGAAGAAUGGUAUUUUUCCAGAUGACAUUACCUAUAAGACACUGGGGCUUAAUACUGAUGUGGUUACCGAAGCUUGUAAACAACUUGAAGAAAACAUAUGAGAAGAU